AUGUCAAAUCUUGCAAAGCUUGAAUUUGCGGCCCUUGAUAUUUCGGGGGACAAUUAUUUAUCAUGGAUUUUAGAUGCUGAGAUUCAUCUAGAUGCAAUGGGUCUGGGUGAUGCUAUUAAAGAAGGAAAUAAAGCAUCUGAACAAGAUAAAGCUAAAGCUAUGAUUUUCCUUCGUCGCCAUCUUCAUGAAGGGUUGAAAAUUGAAUACCUUACUAUAAAAGACCCUUCUGUACUAUGGAAAAAUUUAAAAGAAAGAUAUGACCAUCAAAAGACCGUGAUUUUGCCAAAAGCUCGUUAUGAUUGGAUGCAUUUACGGUUGCAAGAUUUUAAAACUGUAAGUGAAUAUAAUUCUGCAAUGUUUAGAAUUACUUCUCAAUUGACUCUAUGUGGAGAAAGAAUUACUGAUGAAGAUAUGUUGGAAAAAACAUUCUCAACUUUUCAUGCAACUAAUUUGCUUUUGCAACAACAGUAUCGUGAAAAAGCAUUCAACAAGAAUUUCGACAUCCAAUCAUUCUCUAUGACUUAUCCUAGAGUUUUCCCCGUUUGGAAAUCACCCAGAACCCCCAAAAUUAUGAAAUUCGAGACCUAA